CGUUUUGUCUUUUCCUUACAGUGUUACCUGCCCAGUUUGAUAAGCCAGUGGGGAGAAAGAUGAAAAUGAUGGGUAACAACUUAUAAUCUGGUGUUGAUUUAGUUUUUAGUUUAGGUCAACAUGAUCUGUUCACUUUGUUGUUGAGAUCAACCUAACAGUACAUAAUAUAAAGAUUGUCCCUGUACAUUGUUGCUCGUCUUUUCCCUCUAACCGAUUGCUUUUGUUUUUUUUAUGUUAACCCAUUCCACCAACUUUACAUUCAAUGUCUCCAUUAAUCUUAAUGUGAUAUCCAACCAUUUCCAUUAAUUGUCACUCUUACAAUACGAAUCUGAUCAUCAGUUAUCACCAACCAUUUGAAGGUUCAUCCAUUUGGUUCACACCAUUGCUUAACACCAAUCUUGUUACCUUAUUCAUUUUUCUUCCUUCAUUCCUUUUCUCUGCAUUCUCAUCAUCUAAUAUUUGUUCCUUUCCUUGGCUUUUUUUCUGGUUCUUUAUAUUCACACUCUUGGUUUUUCAUUUUCACCAUCUCCAUCUUUACUCUCUUCAUUACCAUAACCACAAUCAACAAUAUAACCAUCGACACAAGUUAAAUUCAUUUUAAUUUGUUCACCCAUUUAAACAAUUGUUAAGACUUCAAUAUCUUUCUGUUACAUCUAUGUAUCCAGUGAAUUGUAAUCAUCUUACCAAUCGUUCAUCUCCUCUCGUCGCAUUUGGCUCUACUUUUGUCUUCACCUUACAAGUCUCCAGUUAACAUUUCUUGUUACAGAGAAAUGGUUUCGUUUAUUAGAAAAGAUUUCAACCUUACAUUCCUGGUAACAUGCUUUCUAACAGUGAUCGUUGGAAAGGUGAUUGGGUUAAAAUGUUACAUAUGUGAUAGCUACAGCUCGGAGCCAUGUCCUGAUGUAGAUCUGAUAGAGUGUCCAAAUAACCAAGCUUAUGAUAGGUGUUUAGUGAGGAUGCUUAAAACAGCUAACCAGCCACGAAAAGUGAUCAGAGAAUGUGCUCUUGGACCAUGUAAUUUCCGUGAACCCGCUUUCGACAACAUUUUUAAACUUCGUCAACAAUGUGAUAUGUCAAAAGACUCUUACGAUUGUGUUUAUUGCUGCAAGGAUGAUGGCUGUAAUAAAGAUUCUGGUUCAUCAUUGGUACCAACAUCUAUAAUCAUUAUUGGUUUACUCGUCAUGACACAAUUAGUUUAUCAUUGAUGGCUCUGUUUUGCUCCAAUAAUGUCUAUUUAUUGAUCUCUAGUCGUUACCAUUCAUCAGCCAGAUGAACAUCAUUUUUACCAGCAACAUUUUUUGUCGACCAUCACAUUCAUCAAUCAUUAAAAUUACAUUAUCACAAUUCUUAACCAUAAUGAACCACUGCUAUCAAAUUUGAGGUCACCAAUGUGUAAAAUUUUUGAACCAAGUCCAUGACCAACUGUUUAGGAUCUCAUCAUAUUUAUUCAUCAUUUUCUGUUAUUCCAUUAUAAAUAUAAUUAUCUUAACAACAACAUGGUUAUUCAUCUUCAUCUUUGUUCUUCCUUUUUGAUUAACUUUCCAUGUUUUCAAUAUCAUCACACAAAUUUUAACAACAUUAUUCACUUUAAUUCACUUCCAACUUAAAAUUGUUAGCAAAACGAAAUCAAAUGCCAAUUUCAUCUUCACAUUAAAGUCGAUAAAUUAUUGUUAAAAAUUAUCCUUGAUCUUGGAAUGCCAUAUUUGUCAGGUUAUUGGCUUGUAAAUAACCAUUCCAAAAAGCAUUUCUUAAUUGUUUUGAUCUCAUUUUAAACUAAUAAAAUAUUGAAUUACCCGAUAA